AUGCUGCCGGAGUCGAUGCUCGUGUCGGGGGAAGCCAUGUGGAUUACUUAUGUGUUCAAUGACUUUCUGCUGCUUCUGUCACGGAACGCAGAACCCAGUUUUCCCCCCCUCAGCGCCGGACUUAGCUGGCUCGUGUACGUCUGUUGGGACAUGGGUGCACCCACAGAACUCUACGCUACCCUCGAUCGCAACUGCGCCAUUGACUACGCCCGGAUGACGAUCGUCUGCAAACGCGGGGCGGUGCAGCUAGGCGACGUUCAUAGAGCAGUAACGUUGGUGUUGAUGCAUUUGUCCAGCAUUGUCAUGUCGUUCGGAGGGGUGUGGUUGUGGCAGUGCGUGAACAUACUCUCCUCCUCACCGGCAUUCAGCGGCCACUUGCUCGUGUCUGGCACAGCCACUGCCUUCUAA